UUCCAAAACCACACACAAUUUGGCGCGUGGAACGUGAAAAAGCUUCCCAUUCCUAUUUCAUCACUACAUCACCUUCCUUUUUUCUGAUGAAACCAAAUUCAAUCCUCAGAUUUACGAAUUUGAAAGCUUUCAGGAGUUGAACAGUGAAUUCAAUACACACCCACAUAUAUAUAUAUAUAUAGAGAGAGAGAGAGAGAGAGAGAGAGAGAGAGAAGUGAAUUCAAGUAUAUCUUUUUCUUCAGAUCAGGAUCAGGAUCAGGAUCAGAAUCAGAAACCUUAAUUGGGUUUUUUUUUUUUUUGGGUUCGAUGGGGUUGUGGGAAGCUUUUCUCAAUUGGCUUCGGAGCCUUUUUUUCAAGCAAGAAAUGGAAUUAUCUUUGAUAGGGCUUCAAAAUGCAGGGAAAACAUCGCUCGUAAAUGUCAUCGCAACGGGUGGAUAUAGUGAAGACAUGAUUCCCACGGUUGGAUUUAAUAUGAGGAAGGUUACUAAAGGGAAUGUCACAAUAAAGUUGUGGGAUCUUGGAGGUCAACCCCGGUUUCGCAGUAUGUGGGAGAGAUAUUGCCGUGCAGUUUCAGCCAUUGUUUAUGUAGUGGACGCUGCGGAUCAGGAUAACUUGCCUGUUUCAAGAAGUGAACUUCACGACCUACUGAGUAAACCGUCAUUGAGUGGUAUUCCUUUGCUGGUACUUGGCAACAAGAUUGACAAACCUGAAGCAUUGACUAAACAAGCUUUGACCGAUCAAAUGGAUCUCAAGUCCAUUGCAGACCGGGAAGUUUGUUGCUUCAUGAUCUCGUGCAAGAACUCUGCCAACAUUGAUACGGUUAUUGAUUGGCUUGUAAAGCAUUCGAAAGUGAAAAACUAAGUAUCAUUUCCCGCCAUCUUUGUGGAUGUCAUUCUCUUGAUUUAUAAAAAAAGCUUGAUUCUUGGGUUGGCAGGGUUCAUAUUGUCUGACGACUCUGACCAUUUUCUUCUUUCUUUUGAAUGUGUGCCUUAAAUAUAUAUAUAUAUAUAUAUAUUUUUUUUUUGCAUUUUGUUCUUUCUUUUUAGUGCUUGGCUUAAAUUUUUAAUGUUUUUUUGGGUAGAUGUCAUGGAUGGUGACCCUCCACUGCUUGUUUGAAUGGGAAGGUGAUCUCAAAUUUGUAUUGAUACCGAUUGUAUGAAUAGAAUUGGUUGCAAUUAUUUGGUGAGUGGUAA